GAAAUUAAAAUGAACUAAAUACAAAAGGCAUAAUAACAUCCUGUUUAGUUAACUGAUGAAGAAAAAAGGUAAUAACAAAAAAAAUAUUAUGAUACUUUAGAAAAUACUAAUAAAACUUUAAAAGAAGAGAAUUAGAAAUUUAAAAGUGAUAUUUAGAAACUUUAGGAGGAAAACAAGAAGUUAAGUGAAGAUUUAAAUAAAUUAAAUUAUGUUUACAACGAAAAUAUUCAAAAAUUAUCAAAUUUAUAAUAAUAAUAACAAGUUUUAGCUACAUAAUCAUAUUAAUUAAAAUAACAAGAACAAAAACUUUAAGAUAAUGAAAAGGAGAUAACACAUCUCAAAAAAAAAAAAGAGGAAUAUGAAAAAGAAAUUCAGAAAUUAUAAUUUAAUCAAUAAAUUUGGGGAGAUUUGAAAAAAGAAUAGGAAAAAUUAUAAUAAGAGCUUACAAAUUACUAAAAGAAGAUUUAAAAUUUUAAUGAUACAAAUUCUUAAAUCGUAAAACUAAUAAAAUAAUGGGAUUUUAAAAAAAAUAAUUCAUAAACUGCUUUGGUGCAAGAAUGUCAAAAUCUAUUAAAUUUAAAGGAUUAAGUGUAAUAAAAAGAUAAAAAUACAUUUAAAUGUUGCAAAGGAGAAAAUAUUAUAAUAGGUUGUUAAUAAAAGAAAUGUUUUUAUCAUUUAAAUUGCAUAGAUCAAUAGUUAAUAAUGAAUGAAGAAAUAAAAAUAUCAAAUUGUGCUUGUGGUGAUCCAUUUUCUUACAAUAUAUUAAGAAAAUCAAAUUAAGUAUUAGCAAAAUACAAAUUAGAAUAAAUAUUAGAACGUCAGGUAGCAGAUUUAUUAUUAAAAUAUUAAAAAGAAAAAGGAUAUACAUUUUACAAAUGCCCUAAUUUAUUUUGUAAUUUUUAAUGGUUAAAUAAAUCUGCAGAAAACAGUUUAAAUAUAGGCUAAAUAUCAUAUUGUUUAAAUUGUUAAGUGAAAGUACAUUCUGAGAUAGAAACAGAAUGA